UUUACGUUGUUGGCCCAACACCCCGUACACCCCCCGUUGUACCGUUGUCCUGCUGCCCCGGCGCCACACCUGCCACCGCCCGCUGGCUGGCCACCCACUGCUCUGCCCAACACCCACCCGCCUAACCACAGUCCCCUUUUUCCAUCCCUCAAACCCAGCCAGCAAUCCAACACAACCCCGCCGCUCCUUUUGACCAACAACAUCCUCUACUCUACUAUCCAUAACCCCCCUCAUCACUCCUCUUCGUCUCGACGACGACAACCCGACCUCCCCCUCCUCGCCUACUUCAACCCGCACGACCCUACGCUCGCUGCAAGCUGCCGGCACAUUCUUUGGUUCAACCUCACAACACACGACUGCUGCUCUCGACUGUCAACGUGCGGAUCAACAAACACCACUAAAUUUACAACAACCUUCUACCACCCCCCAACCCAGUCCUUCAACCAACAAUGAAGUACUCGUUCGCCACCCUCGCCCUUGCCUCGGUCGCCCUCGCUGCCCAGUCGCCGCUUAUCCCUUCGUCGGCUUCGUCGGGCUGCCAGACCUUCCUCGACAAGCUCAACUCGGACACCACGGUCCAGAACUGUGUUAACCCCCUGUUGACUGCCACCAACUCGUUCAACCCCUCUUCGGGUUCGGCCCCCUCUUCCUCGCAGGUCGCCUCGACUCUUGCUACCCUCUGCAAGUCGAGCAACUGCGACUCUACCCUCCGUGACUUCCUGUCCCAGUUCGCCUCGCAGUGCAACUCGGACCUCACCUCGGGCAACAAGGACGUCAUUGCCCUCUACGACGCCCUUUACGUCUUCACCCCUCUGAAGGGUGCCGUCUGCGCCAUUGACUCGGGAACCCAGAACUACUGUGUCUCGGAGAUCCAGAAGGGCGGCAAGGCCUCGCCCUCGGGUGGCGCCUCCCCCUCGGGCCAGGCUGCCCCCGGCCCCGCCAACGCCUCGGUCCACCUUGCCGUUCCCAACUUUGUCCAGGCUUCGCUUGAGUCGUUCAGCAACGUUGUGACCUACGGCAAGCGUGCCGCUGGCUACCUUACCGGCCGCGCCGAGUCUGCCCAGCUUGCGUCGAUUGUCACCCCCAACGCCACCACCUACCAGUCGACCAACCUGCCCUUCCUCUUCCUCCAGCCCUCGUUCACCCAGGCCCAGCUCUGCACGCCCUGCACCCGUGAGGUCUUUGUCUCGUACAUCUCGUGGGAGUCGAAGCAGCCCUACGUUCUUGGUCUUGCCCAGUCGCCCAUCCUCGGUGGCCAGAACAAGCUCUGGGACGCCAUCACCAACACCUGCGGCGCCGCCUUUGUCAACGCCAUCACAAGCGAGGCCGGUGUCAACCAGGCUGCCAACUCGGGCUCGGGCGCUCUCCAGCGCGUCGGUGUCCCCGCUGUCGGCACCCUUGCCGCUGCUCUCCUUGCCCUUGCCAUGGCCUUCUAAAGUGUCUAGCUCGGGCGCCGGCGCCUCUGCGCUUCACACGUGUAUCCUUACCAGUACGCAAUACUACUACCAUUACAUCAUCCGUUGAUGGACUGUUUAUUUUCCCAAGGACAUUGGAUGUCCGGCAUUCAUGAUGUUUAUUCUUUCUUCGCUCUAUACCCUUGGCGCUGUGGAAUGAAUCUCUAUAAAUCUGAGCGGGGCGCGCGCGUGGGGGCGACGGUGGCCGUCGGCCCGAGAUCUCGGCGCGCUGGCGCUCGGAGCAUGAGUCGUGGACCCAGUGCGCCAGCGCGCGCGUCGCACGUUGCAGUAGCAUCGACAACUCAUAUUGCAUGACGCGAGCUCAUGUGUGCCUUGGGCAAUAAGUGGCAGGG